AUGAGUGGAGAUAUAUUAGGAUUUAUUAGAAUUGUAUGCAUCGUUAAUGCCUCCAAGCUUGUUUCUUUUGGGAGACUCCUUGGAUUUUCUCAUGUGGGUCUUUGUACUAUCUUUCAUCCUACACGUGUAUACUUCCCUAUGGAUUCAUUUGUCUCUUACUCAUAA